UUAUUCUGAAAGGAAUCCUUCUUCCGGCGUCACCUCCGGUCGAUGUCGCCUUCUCACAACAUCGGGCUAGAGCCGCGGCUGGGAGCUAACGUGAACGCAGUUGUAACAACACACAGGGGCGAACAGAAACAGGCAAAACAUGUCAGACUCGGAGACAAAACCAUCCAGCCAAGACGGUGGGGACAAGAAGGACGGGGAGUACAUCAAGUUAAAAGUGAUCGGGCAGGACAGCAGUGAAAUCCACUUUAAGGUGAAAAUGACGACACAUUUAAAAAAGCUGAAGGAGUCUUACAGCCAGAGACAGGGCGUCCCAGCAAGCACGCUACGGUUUCUGUUUGAAGGACAGAGAAUCGCAGAUAACCAAACUCCAAAAGAGCUGGGGAUGGAGGACGAGGACGUCAUCGAGGUUUAUCAAGAACAGACCGGUGGACUUUGGAAUGAUUAAACCCCCCGCAUUUCUAAAUCUUUUUUUUUUUUUUCUUCUUUUCUUUUCUUUUUUCUUCUGAUUUUGUAUUUUAUUUUGUAUGUAUGUACGUAUUUUUUGUUCAGUUUCAAACCAUCUGGAUCAAAACCGACUCUAUCAGGGCUUCCAUGCGUGACAGGAAGGUGAAUGAACUGAGGUAAGCGGACGAGGAAAAGGACAUCGGGUCUCUUAUUCUGAAGUGCAGGGAUGCUCGUGCUGUUGACCCGAGCAAUAGCAUUCAGUAGCAUAGUAUCUUGUUUGUGGUGUGUUUUUGUUUCCUUUAUCGUGUCUUGUUGGGGGUGUCGGCAGAAGCAAGUAAUCCUAUCAAGGACCAGACUGCGUUUAAAGGAACAGUUCAGCCAAAAGUGAUCUUCAUAUAGUUGUAAGACGAGUAGUGUUGUUGUCAUAUGAUACUACACAGCAAGUGCACUUGUACAGCUGGGCUUUGACUUAAAGGAAAAUAAAGUGGCCGUGAUCACGUUUGCUCAGAAUUAAAAAAAAUCAGAAGACUCGAGGUCAAGUUUAAGUUAUAUGUUAUACUGAGGAUGAACAAAUGUGAUGGUGUUGGUUUGUUUUAAUUUUUAGGUCCCAAACAUGAUUUCUUGAAAUUAUAAGAGUCUCUCUGAAAACUCGGUGAUCGUGUUCCAAAUAUCAGACUAUCGAAGCCGCUGCUGGGGGUUUGAUAGUUUGAGGGAACUGAAACAAAGCCGUGGACACUGAGCAAACAUCGUCACAAAAGGCAAUUUCUGGAUUAAGUAUUCCUUUUAUGGCUAGUUGUGGUUUUAAAAACAUCAUCUUGCAUUUCAUUUGUACAGAGGAAUUCGAAGCACCCAGUUAGAUGUUAGAAGAUGCGGUUAUUUGUACAAAAGGCAGUCCAUUCCACACGUUUACAUUCAGGGCAUUUAGCAGAUUGAGGGUUUGUCGACACACGUGCUCAUAAACAGCUGGACUCCUCAUCCUCAAAUCCACAACGUUUGUUAUUUGCUUUUACAGCCUCUGUCUAUCAUGUAUGAAGAACUGCACCAUGGAGAAAUUGUAAAAUUCUGAUUAUAAUUGACAUUUGAGAAUUUUUUUUAAACGACAAUUGUGCUUGACUUGUAUAUGUUGUGUUCAGUAUUAGUGUGUUUGAAUGACAUGCCACAUGUAUCUCCAGUGUCGUCUUUUUAUUUAUAUUGGAGGGUUCCAUUCUGUGAAGAUAUAUAGAAAUAUAUAUAUAUAUAUAAACCUGUUCUGGAUAUAUCUUGCUCCCUGACAUUCACAGUGUUUUAAACUCUGUUCUCCAGCAGUUUGUGCAAGAAGAAAAUCUUGCCAAUAUUCACACAAGUCAUCUACGAACAGUGAACUGCGGUGUCAGCGCUUGUUUUUAAAGCUUUUCUUUCUCUUUUUGGGAUGAAACUCUGAAAUCUGUGUACUGUAUGAAGUUCCUCAAGAGGGUUAAGAUCAUCAGCAGCCCCCCAAAACUUAUGUCAACUGAAAUUAGCGAGAAGGGUGAAUGGGGAAACAAAGAUAGUGGCAAGAUGGAGAUGCUCAACUCCUGAAGGAGGAAAUAACCACAAAAAUGUCUUUCUUGUUUUUUUCUCAGUCUGGUUAUUUCACUCUUCACAAACACUCAAAAUGUCAGGUUAAAGACGCAGUGGAUGACGGUUUCACUGCACCUCCGGGAUUCUACAAGGAAAUAAUUAUCCUUCCCUUGCCGUCAUCUCCCGGAGGUGUGUGUGUGUGGCACAAAGAAAACCUGUCUUUUCAAAGUAAAACAUUGCCUCAAUUGGGUUUUCGCAGCCUAACGGACCUUUCGUACUCUUACCUUGUGCAUCAGUGAGCAGCUCAGGUGAAGCAGACCCCACCCAAACCCUUCUUGAGUAAGGGUGGACUGUGAUCUGAGCCAUAGCACUGAUCUCCGUGAGGUGAAGGGACCGUUCAUCAUUAGAGGAAGAUUGAUACAGAUGGUUUGAAAUUCUGGAAAUGAGCUUUUUGCUUUUUUUGAAUAAAAUAUUUAAAGAAAUAA